AGUCGUUGCGUCGAACUUCAGUGUCUGUUCUGCUGUCACUCACAACAGGACUCGUUCGUCGGUGGAAUCUGUGUAAAAGUGCGUUCGUGCGCCUCCAAAAAGGACUUCCUUAAACACGAAAACACGACUUCUCCCUUCCCUGCAAGCAGGGAUCCCAGUCGCUUUGUUGACAACAUGGAUGACCUGAGUUGCGCAGUUUGUUCCGAUGUCUACGAGGUACGCACGAGGGAUCCAGUGUCCCUGCCUAAAUGUGGUCACACCUUCUGUCGACCCUGUCUCACCAGCCUGCAACAUCAGUCGCUUCUGUUCAAGUGCCCCUCCUGCAGAACUCAGCAUACUGGAGCAAUCAUUGCCAAUUUGCCGCCUGUUUACGCCCUACUUAGCAUUUUGGAAAAAGAGAAGCUGGACCGAGGUACUCUCAACAUGUGCAAAACUCACGAAGAUCCAAUACGCCUUUGGUGUCGUCCUUGUUACGAGGAGCUAUGCGGCCAGUGUUUGUUUGAGCGUCACAUGACAGAGGGACACGAUGUCGUCAAAACAGAAACAGCUGUCGACGAACUGAAGCAGAAGAUUGAGGACCAGUUUGAGCAGCUCACCUUAUCUAUCAAGGAGGAGAAAUGUCAGCUGGUACGAGAGCUUCACGACAUAGCCCACCAGCUUGGCAAACUGUGCAGGAAGAGCCAAAAAUUAGAAAAUUAUUCCAAAAGGACCGAGGCUACACUUCAGACUGCCCGAGCAUCAUACCAGCUCAAAGCUUUGGUUAAAAAUCAGAGGCUAUUGGAUGAAAUGAUGAGAGAUGUCAGCACGACGUCCGCCAGUCAAGAAGCCUUUCCUCAGGACGAAGCCCGUUCGCCCACCCCUCCUACAACCGCAACAGAAAAUCACCACUUACAGGACGAUUCUCAUCCCAUGGAAGAUUCUCUACCCAAAGACGAAAUUACGGCCAUUGAGAAAAUCUAUUCAGAAAAUGAACCCAUUGAAGUGUACGAUAAUGAUUUAGAUUCCAACCGGGAUAACGACCCGCAGGUUGUGAGUGAGACUUCGAAACCGACUGAAAACUCAACUUCAGACAUUGCUUUGUGGCCGUUGACGUGUCACGCUCCAGGGGGCAAAGCUGAUUGGCCGAAAAUCAACUGGUAUCGAUUCCUUAUGCAGGUCCCAGCAGUGCAGCUGCUAGUACCCCCAGAAAACCCGCAAGUGUACCUCAAACUGAGUGCAAACGGCAAGGACCUAGGAUGCCUUCAAAUACGACUCUGGGGUCAUCUACGCCGCGCGCAAAACUUCCUGGCUCUUUGCUUGGGAACCCUUGGUCCCUCCUACAAAGGCUCGAAGUUUUCCCACGUAGCCAAGAGGGGUGAGCCGGGCGAACGCCUCAUCGGCGGUCUCUACGAAACUGAGGGUGGGUACACUGGGUACCAAGUCAUUGAAGGUCUAGAGUGGAGAGGAGAAUACUCCGGUCCGAUGAGGGCAGGUGUCAUUGGCGGUUCCAGAGGACGACAACCCAGGUACAACUCUUGUUUUUGCAUUAGCACAAGGGAUUACCCCAACGCAAAGUAUUAUUGUCCUUUCGGUGAAAUAGUCUCCGGGCUGGAGGUUGCCCAAGAGGCGGUUAAAUACGAUCCGGUCAGUGACGUCACCAUAACAGACACAGGGCUCGUUCUUCCAAAGCAUUAUCUUUGAUAGGUUGCUUCCAUGAUGAUUAGUACUACUGAGCAGCAAAGUGCAGCGCAAACAGUUAACUUAUCUUAGUUCACUGAAUAUACGCAGGCAAAGAGAACACCAUAUUUCAGUAGAAACUCGAUACUAUAUAUUUCAAGAAUCCUGAAGAAGUAGUUACUUUAUAUAGAAAAGAUAACAAGAAAGCUCCAAGAGUAAGGGACAAAUUGGCUGUAAAUCCUCCACAUCUUUUUAAAAAUGUGCUUAGAAAUCUCACUCACAAGAUUAGUUGCGGUGAUGCAUUAAUUAGAUAAUGUAGAUCAGACACUAAAAUUAAGGUGAGCUGGUAGUACACAUUAGAGAUAGCCGUAUGGGUGUCGUCUGGAACAUACAAGACUAAAAUAUUUAACUUUGAAUUGUCUGUUUUGUCACACAUAUAUUUUCGUCAUUUCCAUUUUUCACUAUUCUGUACAUGGAACGCCAGCGUAAAUAGCAUUUCUUUGUUUUAUCAUAUCGUCCAACGUGUUGGCGACAAAUACACAGGAUUGUACUCAAAUAGUUAAUUGUAAUUUGCCUGUAUGAAUUCUCGUUUGUUUACAUUCCAUUUAAUAUCACACAAGAAUUGAAAGUUGUGGUGAUUCAAUGCCUUCAUAAAAAGUGUUUUCAUUAGAUUUCUUACCGGCGAGUUCUGCAUUUCUUUUUAUUUUCUGUAUUAUUUGGCCAAAUGGGUUCUGGAUUUUCUCGUUUCCGUUUACGAACUGGAUAUUGGUACGGCAGCCGUACCCCGAUCGCGGUAGAUAUUAGUACGGAAGUGAAUUGCGCAUGCGCGAACCCUAGUUUACCGCCUCAGGAAUAUCAGUGACCACAAGAAAAAUAUCAACGGAACAGCAUGAACCUUGGAAUAAUACCUUAGUUUUCGCCGAAAAACUGGUGUUUUCAGGCUUUAACGAGCUGAUAAAAGCCAUAGACAUCUAUGAAGACUCAAACUUUCAAAAAUUGUAUAUACGUAGGUCACGAACGAUCGAAUCGGCUCUGAAAAGAACUCCGAAGAGGAGAUUGAAAGAGGAUUAUAUAUAAAUAUAUACACUACCAUCGCACCUUUGAUGACUUUCUCGGCCCUUUAUUCUGCCCGACAUCGGCAGUUGCAAAGGGCCGCCUUUAUACACUUUACAAUAUUCUUUUAAUUCACUUCAUUGGGUAUUGCAGCUGUCGGAGAAGACUAUAGAAUUUACUAGCUAGUGAAAUGGCAAAAUUAAACAAAAUUUCAGCACUAUUCCAUUAAAAUUGGGAUAGUUUUGUUUUUAUAGCACAAAAAAGCGGGCCAAAAUUCACUAAAGCAAAAAAAAAAAAGGGGGGAGGGGACAUUUUGCUAACUAAAAAAAGGGGGGGCAGAUGUUAAAAAAGCGGUACUGUCCUGCCUAAAAGCCGAACUCUGGUCACAUAAUAUUAAACUGGUAAACGGACACAGCUAACUGCCGUACCUACAGCAAGUCAAGAGCGCAAGACGGCACCACUGACAGAAUCUGCCGUACCCCCACCACACUAUGUUAUUUGUACAGCAGGAAGUCUGAAAUUGACGCAUGCGCAAUUCACUGCCGUACCAAUAUCUAUCGCGAUCGGGAUACGGCUGCCGCACCAAUAUCCUAUGCAUUUAGUUUAACAUAGCCUAUGCCUUGUUAUUUUGGUAAUUUAGUUUGGUUUAUGAACUCUCUCUACAUUUAAGGUGGUUGGGCAGUAACAUAUAUGUUGGAUGCCUAGUCUAAAUCAUCAAUGUACCUAUCUGGUUGCUUUUCUUCAUCGCUGCAUCAUUUCUUUGCGUCAGGUUUCCAUUGUGUUUGAGUAACAGUUUUUCUUUGUAUUUCAGUUCAAUUGUAGGAUACUAUAAACCUUCUGCACAAAUGUCUGAUUGGCCUUUUUGAUAGACAUGUUUUGCUGAUGAUAAUUAAGUUUGAGGUCAAUGAUAUACUUGUCAUAUUAAUCAAGUUCAAAUCUGUAGUGGAGAUUUCAACCACAGCCGAUACCUUUAGUAUGUUGCAACCACAAGUCUAAGGCUGAGAACUAGAAGGGCCAAUGUCAUAAAACCAUGUUUUCAGAAAAAACGCAUUUAAAAUAUUGCUUCCUUUAUUAAAAAUCAGGUAAGUACAGCAAACGAAAGCUUUUUUUUGGGGGGGUGAUUGCUUAACUUAUAACAUCGGCCAUUAUAGCACUGAAACAGAGAUAAAUUUCUAGUUUAGUGACGGUCUUAACUACAGUCGGCCAUUUUUUGACAUUGGCCCUUUUAGUUCUCAAGCCCUAGAAUUGUUGUUCUUCAUCGUCAGAGCUAUUAUAAUGUGACCAUUUUUCGAUUAUAUUUUGAGUAAA